UCGUCAGUCACUAGCUAGUCGCGGUGGAGGGUGGAUGUUCGUGUCGCUCUCUCCCCGUCCUUGGCUAGCCGCAACCGUCACCGCCACGGCCUUGCAGACACCCAGCCACUGAAUCCGGGAAGGCAUAUUACUUAGCCGCGAAGGAUCUCUGUCGGUGGGAAAUUGCAUACGUGGAAAAUAAGGAGUAGCAGCGUGUGUGUGUGUGUGUUGGUUCAGUCUACCGCGAGGAAGUGAGGGAGGAAGACGUGGACUCCAUCAUACUCAACCAGUCAGCCAAGCCCAGUUCGACACCGCGUUCCUUUUCACCACUCCUUCCCGCACGCCCACUACCGCCACCACCCGUCCGUUCUCAUAGAAAGUGGACGCCCCGUUAUCAUCUCCGGUUGGCCUAAAUAAGUGCGCGUGUGUGUGUGUGUCUUGGUGUGUGAAAGAGAGAGGAGCUCGAGAAAGAAGGAAGUGCGGUCCGUUAGUCUACGUACACAUAUCCGCACCGCCUCAAGCCCUUCGCCAGCCACGUCUGACCCACUGCAGCGUGUGUGAGUGCAUGGCUUGGAGACUCACCCACAUUUGGAUCCUCCGUGACUUCCCAAAGCUCAAAGAACACGAACAGGAACGACCCGAGCUCUUUGUCAGGCCGCCCAGGUGACCGACGGCGAGCGAAAGAGAAGCUGGAAAAGUCUUACCUCUCGCGCACACCUGAGUUCAGUUACUUCGUUUGUUUACCUUUGCGUUACCUGUCAAAGCGCUUAGCCGAGAUGAAGGCCUCCGUGCAGGUGCCCCUCAGCGACGUGAUGAGGGCUCCCGAGGGUGCCGCGCCCCACCCCAAGGGAAAGGAACCCCAAGACCUGGCCCUCCUCAGGCUCUUCCUCCUCCUCCAGGUUGCUGGGGAGCGGAAAGCCGAGAUCGAGGCGCUACUGCGGGGUCCCGAGAGGCAUGUUGAGGAUCAAGAGCCGCCCGCCCACCGCCCCAAGCGGCCCUCGCUGACCAGGCGGUGGAGGAAGCAGCUGCCCAAGAAGAAGUCUUCCGAGGAUGAUGACUCGUCCCUCAAGUCCCUCUCCACCGCCUCCACCCCGUCCUCUAACAACUCCUCCAUCAAGUCGAGCAGCAGCAGCAGCUCCCCGCCCAGCCAGGACAACAGCUCCCUCCUCAGCCCGCCCGUGUCCCCCGCCACGUCCAAUGGUCACGCGCACUCCCCCGGGGAGAGUAAUGACGCCCUUAUCAUCAAGGAAGCGCUGCCGGCGGACAUCAACGAGUCUUCGGACAUGUCAAUGCUGCAGCGACUGGCACUGAACGCCCUCAACCUCACAGCGCCCGCGUCCUCCGUGCUGCUGCGGGAGCGCCGAAACAGCUGGGUGCAGCUCUCCGGCCACCCCGGCUCCCUGGCGCCAGCAGGGCCCGGCACCAUCUGGAAGAAGCGAGGCCCCGAGCCCGUGGAGACGCAGGCGUACCAGGCCCUCAUGAACGACCCCGCCAGGGAGAUCGCGCCGACCUUCUUCAGGGAAAUCGUCUACAAAGAUGAAUUCUUCAUUGAGAUGCGUGACUUGCUGUACGACUUCCACAACCCGUGCGUCAUGGACAUCAAGAUGGGCACGCGAACCUUCCUCGAGUCCGAAGUCUCCAACACCAAGGCGCGCACUGACCUCUACGAGAAGAUGAUCAAGGUGGAUGCCUCCGCGCCCACCUCCGAGGAGCACGAGGCGCACGCCGUCACCAAGCUGCGCUACAUGGACUUCAGGGACAACAUGAGCUCCUCCCGCUCCCUCGGCUUCAGGAUCGAGGCUCUCAAGAUGGCCGGCAAGGAGGCUGUGACGGAGCUGCAGACAGUGCGCAGCCGGGAGCAGGUGAUCAACACGAUGAGCGGCUUCCUGCGGCGGCGCGAGGACACCAAGCGCCAGGUCAUCUCACGCCUCCAGCACCUCAAGAACGUGUUUACCAACUCAGCCUUCUUCCAGAAACACGAGGUAAUUGGAAGCAGUAUAUUGAUCAUUUACGACGACGAGAAGGCCGGCGUGUGGAUGAUCGACUUUGCCAAGACUGUGCCUGUGCCAGAGGGGAUCAACAUCACCCACCGCAAGCCCUGGAACCUGGGCAACCACGAGGAGGGCUACCUCACCGGCAUCGACAAUCUCAUCAAGGUUGUGGAGGAAGUGCCAGCCAGCAAAAGUAAAAGACUUGGGCUCUUCCACAAGUCUUGAGCCAAGGUGACGGAGUCGCUGUAAGGAUGUCGCUUUCCUGCCGUCACUCCAGGCUAAGUUCGCUGGCAGCGCUGAGGCCACCGACAGUGGCUCGGAAGAGCUGAGUGGUUCUGUUGCUGACUCACUGGUCAGCUGACUCAGUGGGUGAUUCUUUGGGUUCUUGAGUGACUCAACACUGGCAAGAAUUGUCUGAAUGUAAGGACACUCAUUGUUUCCUCUUUUCCUUUUAUUCAUAUCUAAACUAUAUGAUGUAUACCACAUCUUAUUUAUCUUGUAAAUUAUCAUUCUUUUAGGCAGAAGAGAAAUUGUUAUUUCUUUAAGAGUUUUAUCCAUUUUUAAACCAAAGUUCAUUUGGUUUUGACAGUGUUUAUAUACUGAGUGUUAUUGUGUUAUGUAUUAUUGAGCCUGUGAAGCCCUGCGAGGUGGAACACUCUGUAGGGUUAGGAAGGCAUUUAUGUGCAGCUGGUCCAUAGCUGCCGGGGAGGCAGACCAGCGCCGAGCCACAGUGCCGGACCAUGAGCCGUGCAGGGCCGCCGGGGCCAACAGAUCCCCACAAGCUGACGUUGGUGUUCUGACACUCACUGAGGUUGACCGCUAGCAUGGUAUUUAGUAUUGUUGCGUGCACUUGUUAAAGAGCUUUCUGGAUGCACAGACACCAAAGAGCUUGUUGCUAGGAGCAUUUUGAAGCCCUCCUGCAUAUUUGUGUGGACUUCCAGGAUCAGGGACGGGAGGGUCGGCUUAGGUAGUGUUGUGAAUGGGAUGUGGGGUCGUAAUUGUAAUGACUGGCAGACAGCUGGCUUAUGAUGAGCCAGCUGUGCAGCCUAUAUUAACAAUUGAUAUAGCCAAGAGUGUUAAUUGUAUUCCUCUCUCUCUCAUAUACUGUGAUAACAUAUAUUCAGUGGGUAUGUGAGUGUGUUAGGCCAUUAAGGGACGUAAUUUUUCUUACCAAGGUAAAGUUUCAGUUUCCAAGUAGAUGGUUUUCUCUUAAUUUAAGUAUUUUUUUUUUUCUUUUGCACUCUUCUGUCCCGGCUCCUCCCUUGCAUCAGCCGCCUGGGUGAGGGGGAGCCACAGGUGGAAGCAUUCCUAGAAGUAGUUGACGUAAUAUUCCUGAUGUUUUGACCAUUUCUACCUCCUCAACUCUUCUUCACUAGUGUUACGGAAGAGUCAUGACAGUGUCACUAAGGGAACAGGACAGUCAUUCACGUGUCAUUCAAACACUUUGUAAAUAACACACUCACUCGCUUCCUCAAAGUGAGUGAGUGGUCAGGGUUCUGUGGCGGGUGAGUGGCUGUCUGGUGCUUGUUUGUCUUCAUGAUGCGUGGCUACACUUGCUGUGGUUGUUAGGGGUGAAUGAGCAUCUGCUGGUUGUUGUUUAGUACUUCAGUUUGUUUGUUAACCUCGUAGCAGGUGAAUGACUAAAACUAAUCCCAUGUAAAUUAUUGAUAACUAUGACUCUAAUCUCAGCAAUGCAAUAUCAGAUUAAGUUCAGUGGAAAAAUAUAAAUGAGCUUUCCAGUUUUACAGUAUUAGCUACCUUUUCCUUCCUUCCUUCCGCCUUCCCCUGCCUCGCCUCCUUCCACAUGUUUGAUCCGUGUGGUAAAAAGAUGUUUGGUGUGUGACGACACUCUUGAUGGGAUGUAUGGCAAGCCUGGCUACUGAGGAAUGCUCCCACAGAUCACACACACACACACACACACACACAUACACGCACACAUGCACACGCACAAAUACACACACAGAGCCACACACUCAGGCCAUUCCAUCAUUAUUCUGCUCAUUUUCACACCUCUUGCCACGUUCCAAGAGUUCCUCCUCAAAUUACUUAAUAUCUACAUGAGAAAAAGAAUCAUGUCGCACCAUUCACCUCACUAGUAAUUUUGACGUGUCUGUCACUAAGAAACACAGCACUUGCCUAUUCCGAUGUGCCAAAUGACCACCCAGACAAGAUGCGUGCGGCAGGCUCUUUGUUACGUGUUUACAAAUCUUCGCAGCUGUUCCAUUAGCCGGGGUUAUGACCACUUUUGUCGGUCUCUUAAGUGGGUGGAGUGAGCAUCAGUGUCUGGGGGUCGUGCUGGGUGAGGCAACGCUGCUUAAGGACGCUUCAUGAUGAGUCAAGUGCUUGGGUCUGAUGGAUGGUGUGAUGAGGAAAUAGUUACACAAACACACACACACACACACCUCAUUUUAGUCUCAUGAUUUAGGAGGCAGAGCUUGUGUAAGAGGCUGUUAUUAAAGGAAUGUGGACUUAGCACACAAAAACGGGACAUGAUGAGGAAGUGCCCUUUGUGACGUAUUCUCAUUAUCUUCUCAGUUUUCCGAGUCAUCCUUUACAUCUCGCCCCAACACACACACACACACACACACACACACACACACACACACACACACACACACACAUCACCUCCCUAGUACAAACUGGUGUGAAGAUACUAAUGCAGGGAAGAUUUUUUUUUUAUCAUUUAUCAUCACCAUAGUGAGUGUAGGUAUUAAUUAUUAUGAACUGUAUCGGGCCUCUUCCAUAUGGAGUAUUUUCUACAUGUGAGAAGUCGCCAUCGCUGUACAGGAUAAUAAUGAUGCGAACUGUUUUUAUUAAUGUGGUUUUACAUGUUGCUUUGUUUGUGUUGCUGUAUGAAUGUGAAUGUGUAUUUGUAACUACAUGUAGCAUAACAAAGAAUUCUGUAUAUGUUUAUUUAUUCACACACACGACACAUCUACUCAUCAAGACAAUAUUCACUCCUUUUUGUAUUUCUUUAUAAUCUAGUCCAAAUGUUUAUAUAUAGAUAAAAUAAAGCAAAGAGAAAUUGU